AUGUUCCUCAUGGUUGCUAAGGGAUUGGCAAUGGAUGACUGUGUGGAGGGCAAUCAGGUAGUAUGGGGCAGGGAUGACUGUGUGGAGAGCAAUCAGGUAGUAUGGGGCAGGGAUGACUGUGUGGAGGGCAAUGAGGUAGUAUGGGGCAGGGAUGACUGUGUGGAGAGCAAUCAGGUAGAAUGGGGCAGGGAUGACUGUGUGGAGGGCAAUCAGGUAGAAUGGGGCAGGGAUGACUGUGUGGAGAGCAAUCAGGUAGAAUGGGGCAGGGAUGACUGUGUGGAGAGCAAUCAGGUAGAAUGGGGUAGGAAUGGCUGUGUGGAAGGCAAUCAGGUAGAAUGGGGUAGGGAUGACUGUGUGGAGGGGCAAUCAGGAUAUAUAUCAAGCACACAAUCGCCGUUCUUCUUCUCCUCAGUAAAAGGUGACUGGUCUUCUUGUAAGACCUACUGUGAGAAUCAAAGUGGCCGACUGGUAGUGAUAGAUACCCAGGACAAGUAUGAUCAUGUCUUGGAUAUGGACCAACAGUACCACAGUAACAUUAUAUCGUCCAGCCAACUUUUUAUAGGGCUAUACACCAGGACAAAGGAUUGUACUAACUAUACGUGGGUCAGUGGUAGCAUGAUGACUUGGAGCAAAUGGGACUUAGCAAUUCGGGAACCAAAUUCGUGUAAUUGGGAUCUGUGCAUUCGGCUUUACGACGGUCUGUUUAGAACAACUGAAUGCACAAACGAAUAUGUUGCCCUCUGUGAAUAUGUGUUUCCUGAAUCUACCUCAUCGAUGACGUCUUCGUCUACAUCGAUGACGACGGGAAAAAUGAUAAGUUCCGCAAAAGCGACGACAGUAAUUCCCGAAUCUUCACCAGCGAUGGCAACGAGAAAUACGAUAAGUUCAGCAAAGGCGACGACAGCGAUCCCUGAAUCUUGGACAUCAGUGGCGUCCUCAUCUGCAUCGAUAGAUACGAGACCGGUGGUUAGUUCAACAGCAGAGACUGCAGCGACGAAAACAUCCGUAAGGGGUACGACAGCAGUAAGACAAAAUACGACACCUGAUCCCACUACUGGAUCUAGCACGACGUAUGAUCCCUGUAGAAGAAAAAAAACAAAUGUAACACAGCUCAGUCAAGCCGACCUGUUAGAAGCUCUUGUGUUGCUGAAGGUGGAGCUCACUGUUAUGAAGAACAGCACUUCGAUCGCUCGACGUAAAAAGAUAAGUGUAUAUGAGUCGAGAUCCUCAUGUUUGGCAUUAGGGAGCAUGGCUGCAGCCAUUAUUUCUUUCGCGAUCGGCUGGAUUGUCGUUCCUGAUGUCAUCAGAAUGUAUGUGCAUCUUUCCAGCAAUGCAAACAAGCAAAAUACUGUCAACCCUUGAGUCUGUCAUCUGGUUGCCAGGACGUAAAAAGUUGAGUGUGGCGUCUUGUUCCGUCAACCCUUGAGUGUUAUACUGAACCUUACAUUCAGUACACACCAAGACAAAGGGGGUGAUUAACGCCUAUGGAGAUUUAACAUUAGCGCCGGCCCUUGCUCCAAAUUCUUUUAUUUUUUUCACCGUAUGUAGAUAUAUAAAAAUACAGGACAAUUAACCAUAAUCGCAUAAGUGAUUAAUUAUAAUAUCAACCGAUAGUCGUAGUGGACCUCCUUGCAUAACACCAAGUCGAGUGAAGGGGUACCCUAACAAAAUGGUUAAUAAUUUUCACAGGCUAAUGUAGAUUAAAAAUCAAUGGAAACAGUUGACAGUGUAUAGAUGUUAUUCUGAUACCAAAUAUGUCAUAAUGACAUACAUGAGGUAAGCAUAAUGAUACAUCUAAUUAGCAUAGUAAUCAAAAUUUAAAAUGCGUCCACAUUGUCAUCUCGAAUUCGUAUAUAGUUUCCAUAUAUACAAACUUUCUACAUAUUCAAUAGGUUAAUUACUUCAUUGGUAUGUCAAAUUAUAUUCAAAGUACCGCAUGUGGUACAUUUUGUAUAACAGGAAGUGGUAGAUAUUGAAGAGUUGUUUACGCAGUCUUUGCGGAAAAUUAAUGAAAACAUUUCUAUGAUGAUA